AUGGCCAUCCAACAAUCCUCCUUCAUCGGCGGCAUCGCCGUCGGCGUCUUCGGCACCCUCUUCAUCCUCCUCUGCUACUACCUCAUGAUGCGCUUCGUGCGAAGACCGAAAGUCGAUCGUACCCGUGAUCUCGAGAUGGGUCGCGCUGCCGCUGCCCAGCUGCAGGCGCAGCAGAUGUAUCCAGCUCCAGUGCAUCCGGCGCAUUUCCGUCCUUAG